GCAGCUCAAGCAACCUGAAUGCGUAGCAAAUUAUAAAGAGCGUGUCGAAGUUGGAAACAGUAAUUAUGUGCUUUACAGGCUGCUAUAAACACAGAGAAUUGCGUUUAGUUUAAAUAGCUUGCAGUUUUGUCGGUUUAGCAACACCUCCAGCUAACAAUUAAACACAGAAGGUGGUGGUAAAGUUCCUUAUUUUUGGCAUUUUUGACUGACCAAUCACUGAAAGGUGAAAGUCAGCUCAACCAAUGGUAACAACGGAAAAGCUGAACCCGGAAGUUCUUUCUUUUGAGCUGCAAUGGAAAAGAAACACUUUCUGCUCUCUCUCCACCACUUCAUCAAGAAGCAAAGCUGUCAUGGCCAAGUGGCUGAAAGACUACCUGAGCUUUGGCAGCAGGAAGGUGCCUCCUCAACCACCCACACCAGACUACACAGAGAGCGAAAUCCUUAAAGCGUACCGCCUCCAGAGAGACCUGGACUUCGAAGAUCCAUAUGAGGAUUCUGAAAACAGAUCCAGAGGUGAAUCUGGGACUUCUGACCCUGCUACUCCUGUGUAUGGCUCUCCCAUGAAGACAUCCACUGUGGACAUGAAAUCCCCAAAACACAGACUGAUCAAAGUGGAUUCACAGGAGCUGGGGCGCACAAAGAUCCUCCUCAGUGCCAUCUCUUUAGAGGACCAGCAAGAGCCUGUGGUGCCGUCAGCCCCCCUUGCAGGAGACACGGAUUAUUCAGACCCAUUCGACGCUCGCUUGGACCACAGGCCAGAACUAGAUCAUGGACCUGCUCCCUGUGAGAACAAUGGCUACAUGGAACCGUACGAGGCCCAGAGGGUCAUAACAGAGCUGCAGCGGGGACCAGGAGGAAGCCGAGCGCGGGGCGGAGUGCAGCUGUAUGACACCCCGUAUGAAGAUGAGCGAGGCCAGCGUCUGGGUUUUAUGUAUGGGGAAGCUCAUGAGGAGGGCAAAGAGAGCAGCAGGUUGCCACAGGAUGAUGAGCGACCGGCUGAUGAGUACGACCAACCAUGGGAAUGGAAGAAAGAGAAUAUUUCCAAAGCUUUUGCAGCGCAGUUUGACGGUGCUGAAUGGGACCGCUCUUCAUCGCCCACAGAGAGGCUGCGUCCUCCUGGGCCUAGGUCCAGCCCGCUGGCAGGAGGAGGGAUAAAGUUUCGAAUGCCACAGGAGGGACUGUCCAUGGUGGGGGAGAGAGUGGACCCGACUCUGCCUUUGGAGAAGCAGGUAUGGUACCAUGGUUCAAUAUCCCGUUCAGAGGCAGAGUCGCUGCUAACCUUGUGUAAAGAGUGCAGUUACCUGGUGAGGAACAGUCAGACCAACCGCUCUGACUACUCUUUGUCUCUCCGGAGCUGCCAGGGUUUCAUGCACAUGAAGUUCACACAGUGCAAAGAUGGAAAGUACGUGCUCGGACAGAACAGCCCUCCGUUUGACACAAUCCCUGAGGUCAUCCACUUCUACACUACACACAAACUCCCAAUCCGAGGAGCCGAGCACCUGUCUCUGCUGUUUCCUGUGCUCGUGCAGACACUCUGACUGACCCUGACCCUCUAUCUUGAGCACCAGGACUUUAUUGUGGGACACUUGAAUGUUUUUUGAGCUCUCCUCAGCAGCUUCAUCUCUUCUAGUUGGACUUCUUGUGAUGAUUCAACACACCUGGAGCCUAAUGCCCUCAGCCACCACUGCUGUUGUACCUGUGCCAAAAAGUCUCUAACAUCCAGGGGAUUGAUUCUCAUAAAUGCAAUACCUGAACUUUAGGCUACCCCUCUCCCAUCUCCUUGCUGAGCAAAUAUGGGGACUUCAGGACAUUUUAAAUUCUCCUUUUUUUACAUUUCUUUCACAGCUGACUGAAAUGCAGAGGGAGCUGUAGCUGGGAGAGAGAGUGUAAAUUGUGAAUGUACCGAUGCCCAAGUUUACAGAAGACCUGCAGAAGAUUGAGAUUUAAUCACUGCUGUUUCCACAAAGACGCCUCACUCACACUCUGUAAAAUAUUGCUGUUGUUAGGUGAAAACCUUGCUAGUCAUGUUUCGCUGCAUUUUCAUGUUUAUUACAGAACUGGUAAAUUGAAUUGCUGUGUAUAAGAUGAACACUUUACAGUGUCAAACCUUUUUGGGAAAAAAAUCUAAAUUUCAAUAUUAAAAAUGAUGCUAUUUUUAAAUAUAAAAGGUUUUUACCGACAGCAGUUAUAUUUCAGGUGCUUUUCUACUCAAAGCCACAGCUGUUCAUUUUCAUACAUCACAUAUCCAUCAUCCAUCUGUUUUUGCUCCAUCAUACUGCUGCUCAUUGACACCAUUGAUGGUAUAGAAAGCUGGACAGUUUGUCUCCACCUUACUUGAGUGAAGCCAAAAUGAAAAACAUGCAUUCAAAACAUGUAAAAACACAACACAAACACUGUUCAUGUCAGCACAGCACACAGCAGAAAAGAAUCUUGUGUUAGUCUGAACAGUUACAUGACUCCUCGUUCAUUAUGUUUCCUCAGGCCAUUCUUCCUCUACUCUGCUAGUCUGAUACACACAGAGCACUGUGGGGGCCACAUCUAUGAAAAUGAAUCCAAAAAAGUUAGCACUUCAUUCUCGUUGUAAUGAUUAUCUUACUUUAGAGACAGAAACUAUGUUUGAGGAAGGGUCAUUUGAGUUUUUUUGAUUUAACAACAAUAAUAAUAUAUUGAGGGGAUGGACCCUGUGAUUGAUAGACAAAUCUUUGUGGGUGCUUAAUAGCAAAACCCCCCAAAAGUGAUCAGUGUUUCUUGUAAAGUCUUAUACUUUUUAUUGAAGCAAGUAUUAGACAGCAGUGUUUGGAAACAGAAACAUCUAGGCCCAACGCUUACAUCAACCUUUUUGAAAGGUCUGAUCAAAUGAGGAUUGAAAUUUCGUUUUGAGUUCUAACAAGGCCGAACUUUAGCUUGACUGAAACUGCAACGGCUCAGUUUAGACAGGUUCAACCAAAACCAGCAACACUUGAAAACAUUCUUGUUGCAUCUUUGGCCUGAACUUAAGACACAAUUUACAUGUGUCUAAUAUCUAUAUUCAGAAAUACAUGUGAACAGCACUGUGCAGAACUUUUAGGCAUGUUUCAACCUAAAAUUAAGGUAAGGCCUAUAAUAAUGAGUAAUCUUGCCUGAGGGCAUCAUAGGGCAGAAAGUAGGAUUGACACAACCCAGAUCAUGCUCUGGAUGUCCUUGCAAUAUCACCAUGGGCAUGGGAAAAUAAUAUAAGCCCACACCUUUAGGGUGGAGUAAGACAGGGAUGUGGCAAGUAAGCACAGCCUAGGGUACUGUCCAGCGGGUAGUAGGACUGCCCCGAGCCCUGGUCAUGCUGUGAACAUCCCAAGGGCACCUAAACCACCGGAGGGCCCUCAGCCCAUCACUAGGGGUGAAAAAGCCCAAGAGAAAUGCAGUUGAGCUUGACCGUGACUGCCCUCAAGCCCCUGGUUGUGGCACAUGGGGUCUAGUGAUAAAUCCUUAGCACCCUACAUGCCUAAAACUUAUGCACAUGACUGUAUUUGAGAUAAAGUUCUGCUUAAUAUAAUAGUAUUCUACUUGAUAGUUAGCUCAAAAAUGUAACUGCUGUAUUUAACCAUCACAAACUUGAAGCAAUGGCAAAUACUUGUUUUUAAAUAUUUACUUGAUUACACACAGUAGAGGACAGGUGCUACAUUUAAGAUUUUAUGAAUCAUCUUGAUAUGAAUGAUAAAAUACCAUCUACAGAUCACUCAUGGAGACCAAAAUAAUACGUUGACUGAUCCUCUUAUAAAGAAUAUCUCAGUCGUCCUCGUGGUCUUUGAAUCUGUGUAGAGAGUUGCUCUCAUUUGGGGGAGUGUAAUGAAGUUGAGGCUUGUGCACUGUGCAUUUUUCAUUUUCUCCAAAGUUAAUGAAUGUUAAAGCAGCUGAAACCUCCACUAUGUUCUUCCCCAUACUCUUUACAUUGUUGUCAAAAAUAAAAUUAUACAGAAACUUAAGUUAAAAGAAAAAUCACUUCUUCAGUCAGCUCUUAUUCAAAGAUGUUUAUUGGUCUGUACUGCAGUCAGCUAAUAAGGGCAGCUACAAAUAUUUGAAAGUCCAUCUUUCUAUAUGAUAUUCACGUCUUUAUUACUUGUUGAUUGUUCAUGGUAAACAACCAGAAAGCUGUAUUGUAUUGGUACUUGUGUUAACUUUUCUGGCCUGUGUCUCUUGUUGGUUGUUCAUUGUGCUGGUAGACAUUGCUUUAUUUGUUUAAAGCAAACUGUCACUGCUGUCAUUGUCUUUCCUGAGCUGUGGAUUACAUCUGGAGUAAAGAAAUGUAAUCAGAAAACACUGAACACUCAAAGAAAAAACUUGACAAGUGUUGGACAGCUGUCACACUUUCUACUUACUUUGGUCAAAUCAACCGAUGCUUGAUGGUGAGGACAUUUUGAGUUUUAUAUAAGCCAUCUGGGGUGGUUUUUCAUGUCUACUGCCAAAACUGAUACCAGUUUAGAGCCAAAUACACUUAAAACCUUCACAAAUGACAAAUUGGAUAACCAUAAUUAUUUAAGUCAUUAUUUCUUAAUGAGUCUUUAUUUAAGGCUUGUAUUGAUUGUUACAUGUUGGAUAUUUUUGUCACUAGUAAAGGAUG